ACUGCUCGGUCUCUUUGCUUUACAUUUCAUACAGAGAUACUUCAAUUUGGACUGUUAAUGUUAAAAUGUCAGCCUAAAAUGUAUAAUUGCUCUUUGUUACAAUUAGGGAUAACAUUGUCUCAGACAAUAGGGAUAAUAUUCAGAUAUAUUUUAUUAUAUAUUUUAAGUAUAGAAUCAAGGCACUCAUUCAGGUGGGCACCUGUGCUAUUUACUUUUGGCAAAGCUUGUGCUUUGGUUAUGUAGUUUGUAUAAGGUUAGAGCACCGCUUCACUUGCACAUGGAGGGGAAUUCAUUGUGCAAGAGCCAAUGCACUGUUGGAAUAUCGUACACUUUUGGAAUUUCACAUUUCGUACUGCACUGGAAAUGUGUUUUAUAGUAUAUAGAAAGAGCCAGCAGAGGAAACACAUGAGAGGUUUUGGCUCGUCUAAUGUGACACAAGAAGCCUCCGAAACAGUCACAUUUGGUGUGUGGUUAUUUACCCCCUCACAAUGUGUGGGUGAAGGGAUGGCAGUGUGGUAGAGGUUCACUCCAGAGUCAAAAAGCAUAUCAAUUGUCACCACAACAAUUGCCAAAUAUUACACUCAGUGCAAAAAUUAUAGAUUUAAUAGACAAUCUUUUUUUAUUACAACAUCUAUAACACAUGGUCUAGUUCAUAUUUGCACAGGACUAGUAUUACUAGAUCAUUAUAAUUAUUGCCCCAUGUAAUACUUUUUGUCAUUCAGUAUUUACCAUUAUGAUUUUCCUAUUGUAAACGAUGAGCUAGAUCAACGGCACAUGUGGAGGACUCAUACAAGGUAAUGUGGACGGAAAAGGAAAUGCAUUGCUUUACAAUGACCACCAGGGUGUACCAUUUCCAUGCAUACUAAAUGCUUGCACUUCUGGUGACUUGACCUACAUUUCCUACUCUAUGAAUAUGACCAUAGCGUAUUAUUUAUGGUCUUUGUGGUCAAAUCAUACUGCAUUGCUAGCAGUAUGAUUUGAGUUGUGACAAGCUACAUCACAUUACACUUUAGCUUGAUGUAUUUAGCUAGUUACUGUAUUAUUCCCCUUUCAUCUGUGGUAUCAUACCUAGCCUGGCUCGCUAGCAUAAUAAAUGAAUGUUGUAAAACAAAAAGUAUCUACCAAACUUGUCGGACCUGGUACCUUGUCCAAAACAAACACUCAGAAUUUAACAGGUUUUAAUUCAUUGGCACUAUAGUCUGCCAAAUCUUGUUUUAAAACGGUUUUCAGAUCCCAGACAGGACAUGCUACCUUUUUACAUGAAUCUAAAUGUCUGCCUGAUCAUAGGUUGUCUGUGUGAAGUCAUUGUUACCAUGGCAUGGAGUUCCAACAGCACCAAACUGGACAACACCACCUUGUCCCUGUUCCAGAACGUGACAGCCAGUACAGCAAUCUCCAUUGUCUACAUUGUGGUCACCAUCAUCAACCUGGUAGGAAACAGCCUCUCCAUGUGGCUCCUCCUCUUCCAUACGUCUCCCAAAACUCCCUCCAUCAUCUUCAUGAUCAACCUGACCUUGACUGACCUGACCUUGGGCCUCGUCCUGCCCUUCCAGAUCAUGUAUCAGAUGCAAGGGUAUAAUUGGAGCCUGGGCCCGGGCAUGUGCAGGCUCCUGACCCUGGUGUUCUUUGCCAACAUGUACUGCUCAAUUCUAACUAUGACCGCCAUCAGUGGAGACCGCUACCUGGGCAUCUGCCGGCCCAUGCUCUUCUGUGAGACCAGGGAAAGGAAGUCAUUCGCUGUGAUUGUCUGCUUCGCCAUGUGGACAGUCGUCCUAUUGGUCCUGUACCCACUCACUAUAACCGACCUGACGUUCCACGUUCCAGAACUCAGGAUUACCACCUGCUUCGACGUUCUGAAGAGGGACAUGCUUCCAUCCAUGGUGGCCUGGGCUGCCUUCCUCCUUGCACUGUUUGUCAUCCUCUUCCUCAUCCCGUUCUGCAUCACUGUUUUCUGCUACAUCAGCAUCAUCCGCAAGCUGGCCCGAGACUCCAAGACCAAACAGAAGGAUAAGGCUAUUGGUCUCGCCGUCACCGUCCUAACGGUCUUUACGCUCUGCUUCACUCCCAACAACAUCCUCCUCCUGGCUCACACCAUCCGGAGGCUCUUCUACGGGGACUCCCUCUACAUGGCCUACAAGCUGACUCUCUCCCUCAGUUGCUUCAACAGCUGCCUGGACCCCUUCAUCUACUACUUUGCCUCUAGGGAGUUCCGGAAGAAGUUGAGGCAGAUGCUAAGGCUGAGAACAUCGAGCAGUCUGGACACAGGGAAGACAGACCUGCACAGAGAGAGCCUGUACUCCGCCCAGUAUGUGUCUGAGGGACAGGGUAGAGAGAACGGGAGAGUGUCUGUUAAACAACACUGUUAAAAAACAGAGAGAGGGCCUCCAGAGUGGUGCAGCGGUCCAAGGCACUGCAUUGCAGUGUUAGAGGCGUCAUUACAGACUCGGGUUCUGUCGCAGCCAGCCGUGACCGGGAGACACAUGAGGCGGCGCACAAUUGGCCAAGUGUCGUCCAGGUUAGGGGAGGGUUUGGCCGGCCGGGAUGUCUUUGUUCCAUUACACUCUAGCAACUCCUUGUGGUGGGCCAGGCGCAUGCACGUUCCUCUGACAGAUUGGUGCAGCUGGCUUCCGGGUUAAGCGAGCAGUGUGUCAAGAAACAAUGUGGCUUUGCAGGGUCGUGUUUCAGAGGACGAAUGGGUCUUGACCUUCGCCUUUCCCGAGUCCGCAUGGGCGUUGCAGCGAUGGGACUAGACUGUAACUACAAAUUGGGGAGAAAAGGGGGUAAAAUUACAACAACAAAAACUGAGAGAGAUGUCAUUUUGUAAUAUCCCCUGUUCAGAUAAUUUCACAGGAAUGUUUUUGUGUGCUGUAUAUAGACCCAGUAACAAACCAGGCUAGAUGGUGCUUCAAAAAGUUAGUAAAAUAGGGUAAUUUAUUUUGUGAAGGACUGUAGCAAACUUGCAUUAAGAUAUCAAUGAGAUGUGUGUGGCUAAGUGAAAGCUAGGCUCCUUUUACCGCAAAUGUGAUCUCUGCCUCCUGCCAAUUCGGGCGGAUUCAUUGUUUCAUUGUGUGAAUUAUUAAACCUACCUACUGGGGUCAUUUCAACGAAAUUACAUUGAAGCAAUGUGGAAUAGACAAUGAAUUGAUUUCUCUGCCCAGUGGGUACCUUUGUUAAAUGUUUAUCCAUUCCCAACCAAUUAUAUCACCAGUAAUGAAUUUAAUGUUAAUCUCCGUCAUCUAGAACGUUAGGGUGUUUAAAUCACGAAAUUCUAUUCAUUCAUGAAAUAAUUAUCAAUUUACCAUUCUCAUUCUCUGAGAUUUUGAUGUCAUUUUCCCAAUGUGGAACAUUGGAACACUCCAUAAGUAAAUAUAUUUAAAAAAUUAUAAUAAUUGCACUUGUCUUUUCCUACUAGCACUGACUUAGCUGAUUAACUUCUUAUUGAGGAAUUUCCUUUUUACUAUGACUGUGAUAUAUGGUCGUCCCAUCUAGCUAUCUUAAGAUAAAUGUAGUG